AUGGGCACUAACCAGAGCUGGACUCCCGAAUUCCUCCUGCUGGCCUUUGCUCACGUGCCCACGCUGCGGCCAGCGCUUGCUGUGCUCUUCCUGCUCAUGUUUCUGCUCACACUGAUGGGCAAUGGCGUCAUCGUGCUGCUGACCACGUGGGACCCUGUCCUGCACACGCCCAUGUACUUCUUCUUACGCCAGCUGGCCCUUGUAGAGAUUUGCUUCUCCCUGGACGUUGUGCCCCAGCUGCUGGUCAAUCUGCUGUGGCCUGGGCAUGGCAUGUCCCCUGUAGGCUGUGCCCUGCAGAUGCUGGUGGUCCUGGCCUCCCUCACGUCCGAGUGCUUCCUCCUGGCCGUCAUGGCCUGGGACCGCUACGUGGCCAUCUGCAGGCCGCUGCACUAUGGUGCCAUCAUGAGUCCACUGCUCUGCCACCUGCUGGCUGUCACCUGCUGGCUGGCUGGAGUCCCUGUGUCACUGGUCUUCACCAUCUGGCUCUUCAACUUCCCCUUCUGUGGGCCCCAUGGCAUUCGUCACUUCUUCUGUGACAUCGCCCCCCUGCUGAGCCUGGUGUGUGCGGACACAGGCGUCUUUGAGGACAUUGUGUUAGUGGCCACAGUGCUGGUCAUCAUGGUUCCAUUUUGUCUCAUUGCCGUAUCGUACGUGGGAGUGUUGGUCACGGUCCUAAAGAUGACGUCGGCCACGGGACGUCGCAAAGCCUUGUCCACCUGCGCCUCUCACCUCAUGGUGGUCAUUCUAUAUUACGGCACGAUGGGGGUCAUCCACUUGCGACCCAAGGCGAGCUACUCCCCGGAGAGUAAGCAGGGAGUAUCCCUCUCUUACACCAUGGUCACCCCUAUGCUCAACCCCCUCAUCUACAGCCUGCGGAACAAGGAGGUCAAGUCUGCCCUGGGCCGCAUGUGCUGCAGAUGA